AUGCAAAACCUAAGAAAGAGGAAAGAAGGAAAGCUUGAACUAGCAGUGAGUGGCGAUGAUAAAGAAUUCGGAAAUGAGGAAUUUGUGGAUUUCGAAAAAAAAUUCCAUAUCUUCUAUCUGAGUUCCCUAGCCGUUAUCCUACAGCGUCUUCUUCGUCUUUUUCUCCCCUGGAUCGUCAUCGAAAAAGGCGAAAACGGACGAAACGAAAGCUCCGGCGCCGCUCCAGCCAACACGACUACAUUGGAAGGGAAAAAUACAAUUUUUGAUUACAUUUUUUCGAUCCUACAAUGUUUUCAGUGCUUUUUCCAUUUGUUCUGUUCAGCUGGAACUUUGAUGAAUGAAGUUUUCAAUGUGGGAAAUACCCAUAUAAGAAGUGAAUGUUAUGACCAAAUUGCGUUUUAUGUAUUUUUUCAAGCCGCGCAAGGAUUGCUCAUGCUUAUUAUAGUUUUGGAUAUUUUGGUUCUUGUGAAGUUUCCAUUGAUCUAUCGUAACCUUUCCACAGCAACUUAUAUCGCGUUCACCGUUUUCCCAACUUUUAUUUUCUCGAUUUUCACCACAUUCUAUGGAUUUCUAGCCACCAACGAUGAUAUCAUAUUUUCUUGUUCUCCAAAAACCGCUCUCGGUUUAGAAGUCAGCAUAUUUUACAAAUACUUAUACAUAUUUCUGGCUAAUAUUAUACUAAUCUUAUAUAUCAUUUUAUUACACACAUUUCAUUUAAAAAGUCGUACUCAUACUGGUCAAAUGAGCUCUCUGAAAACCAUGAAACGUCUACAGAUUACUGUAGUAAUUUUUAUUUUCACCUGGUUUUUCAGCCAAGUUUUUGGACUUGUUAUACUGAAAGCUAGCGAACUUUCAGAUCUUCUCGGAAUCAUUAUAGUUCAUGACUCUUUAUUUGUCUGUUUAUCCUACUGUAACACAUUUUAUAUCACAAUGUGGAGAAGUAAGGACUAUCGGGAUCAUUUUUAUAGGUUAUGGUGCCCAAAACCAGUACAACAGACACCGAAAAACUCGGAACUUGUUUUUCAAAUUAGAGCUACUACGGUCUAA